UCUCUCUUCAAAUCGAGAGGUGCAGAAAGUUAAGUCAUUUCCUUAAGUGGAGAUAAAAUCUUCCUGCACUGUUCAUAGUAUAAAGAAAAAAUUAAUUUUUUGAACCAGAGAUGGAUCUAUGUAGAUAUAUAUAGAAUGAAAGAUAGUCUUGACAUUGGUUUAGGUGGGAUGAAAGAGUGUAUCAUAGUUCAUUUGAGAAGGCCUCGAUAGGCACAUUUUGCUGUUUGAAUUGAAGGAAGCAGAAGCAGUCUUACAAUUUUUUUUUUAAAUCAUGUUGAGUUUCAGGAAUUUUUACUUCAUUUUUGUUUAACUUUAAUAGGCUCAACAAAUAAGAGUCUAAAGUUUGUUCAUUAGUUUUUGAAAUCUGAGAUUUUUUUGUUAUUGACAUUGGUUUGAACUUCACUGCAAAGACAAUUUUGUUUUAAGCUUGGAUUACUGAUGCAUAUAGGAUCUGUGGUUAGGCAACUUGUUGGGCUUAGUUUCUUCAUUUAUCACGGCUUUACUUAUGUUUUCCUUUUCAAUUUGUGAUUUUUUGUCAUUUGACUUCUGUCAGAUCCUCAACACAUCUUCAUUUGACUAUAAAGUUGAUUGCUCUGUAUGGUCAGUCUUCUGAUAUAUUGCUUUUAGCUGGCGUUUCACAUGGUCUAGAUGCUCUGAAGUUAGAAGAAGAAGUUUCUUUUCAUCUUUUUAACCGUUCUUGCCUUGAAACAAAUGAAGGAUUUAGUAAUGUUUGAGCUUCUUUUAAAACAUAUACAUCCAGUUACACUCAUGAAAUGGAGUCAAUGGAGGAAUUUGAGUUUUCCCUAAAAUAAAUUUAAAACUCUUCUUGCUGUCUCUAUGUAAAUUGAAAAAAAUUCCUCUUUAUGCACCAGAAGUACAUUUGUUGGAUGCAAUGAAAGACAUUAUAGCUUGAUUCAUCAGCAAGGGAAAUCAUGGGCUUUUUUUAUUCUCAUUUGAAGGAAGCAAAAGCCCUUGAUGUUGUAAUUUGUUACUUUGGCAAUGAACAUACUAACUCUGUGGAAUAUUUGCUUCAUAUUUGUUUGAGAUUUUGGGCUGUUGGUGAAGAACUCCACUUCAAGAUUCUUUUUGUUUUAACCUUGGAUUAUCUGAUGCAGGAUCCAGAGAUUAAGCCACUUGCUGAGUUGGAUAACAUCCCUUUAUAUGAACUGCUUCCUGAAAUUCCAUAUUGGAUUAAGAGUCCUGAUUUUGAUCGAGUAGACUGGUUAAACAAGUUUCUCUGCGACAUGUGGCCUUACCUUGAUAAGGCAAUAUGUUCUACGAUAAGAAACAUGGCACAGCCAAUAUUUGCAGAGUACAUUGGGAUGUACAAGAUACAAGCCAUUGAGUUUGAGAAUUUAACUCUUGGGACUCUACCUCCAACGAUUCAUGGUAUCAGAGUCUAUGAGACCAAUGAAAAGGAGCUAGUAAUGGAACCGGCAAUGAGGUGGGCUGGCAAUCCCAACACAGUUUUGGUGAUAAAAUUGUUGUCUUUGCAAAUUGGAGUUCAGUUAGUGGAUUUGCAAAUAUUUGCGACACCUCGGUUAACCUUGAAACCUCUUGUUCCUGCCUUUCCAUGUUUUGGAAAAAUUGCAGUGACUUUGAUGGAGAAGCCACACAUAGAUUUUGGAGUUAAAGUUCUAGGAGGGGACAUCAUGUCAAUACCUGGCCUCUAUCAUUUCAUUCAGAAAUCUAUUCAGAAAUAUGUGGCAAGCCUCUACCUCUGGCCCCUAACAUUUGAAAUACCUAUUUUGGAUGAUUCAACUAUUGCCAUAAAGAAGCCUGUGGGGAUACUACGUGUGAAGGUAGUGCGAGCUAUGAAACUCUUAAAGAAGGAUCUCAUUGGAACAUCUGAUCCUUAUGUCAAACUCAACUUGACUGGAGAGAAGUUGUCAUCAAAGAAAACCUCUAUUAAAAAAAGGAACUUAAACCCUGAGUGGAACGAAAACUUCAAACUUGCUGUGAAGGAACCCCAAUCUCAAGUUCUUCAAUUACAAGUUUUCGAUUGGGACAAGGUUGGCAGACAUGACAGAUUGGGGCAGCAGUUGGUCCCCCUAAAACUACUUACACCCCAUGAGACAAAAGAAUUUACUCUAGAUUUGCUCAAGCACACAAAUAUUACUGAUCCUAAAGACAAGACUCAAAGAGGGAAAAUUGUAGUUGAGCUUACCUAUGUACCUUUUAGAGAAGACAGCUACAAGUUUGGUACUGCACUAUCAGAGAAAUAUAGCAAGAAGGGUAGCGGAAUUAAUCAGUCGUUCAAUGCGAAUGAGCAGACCUUGAGCGCUCCAGGUUUACUAUCAAUUACAGUCCAAGGAGCUGAAGAUGUUGAAGGGGAGCGUCACAGUAAUCCUUAUGCUUUAGUCCUUUUUAGAGGAGAAAAAAAGAAAACAAAGAUGAUAAAAAAAUGCCAUAACCCUCUUUGGAAUGAAGAAUUCCAGUUUAUGCUUGAGGAGGCGCCUUUACAAGAGAAGAUACAUAUCGAGGUUAUAAGUAAGCGGACAGGCUUUAGUUUUCGAUCAUCGGAAUCAUUGGGACAUGUAGAAAUUAAUCUUGCUGAUGUUGUCCACAACGGACGCAUCAACGAAAAAUACCAUUUAAUCAAUUCAAAGAAUGGCAUUAUACAUGUUGAGAUACAGUGGACAACAGUUUGAGCAAUGCAAUGCAGAUGCAUUCCAUGUAAUUAGAAAUUUGAGAGAUAGGAUGCAUUCCAUGUAAAAUGCUGUGUGUUGGCCAAAAAAGAAACUCCAUAGUGUGUAAUUAAAUUCUUCUGGUUGUUU